AGGCGCAGCAGGUGCAAGGCCCUGGCCAGGCCGUGGCCUUGACGUGCCACCAUGGACACAGCCCUGGCGGCCCCAGAGCCCUUCCUGGCCACCCCGCAGGCUGAGAUGCUGGAGGAGCUGCUGCAGGCCCAGCUGGGGCCCCUGCCCCGGCUCGCCGCCAUCUGUAGGCUCAAGCGGCUGCCUUCGGGCGGCUACUCCUCCACGGACGACCUGCAUCUGGUGCUGGAGCGCAGGCGCGUGGCCAACGCCAAAGAGCGCGAGCGGAUAAAAAAUCUCAACCGUGGCUUUGCCAAGCUGAAGGCGCUGGUGCCAUUUCUGCCGCAGAGCAGGAAGCCCAGCAAAGUUGACAUCCUGAAAGGUGCGUCGGAAUACAUACGGGUGCUCGGCUGUGUUCUGGAAGGAGCAAAGGCCUCAGAGAAACAAGGCUCCGAGGAACAGACCCACAGUAGCAGACCCUCUGACCCUCAUGUGUCCUCGGCUAGAGGGCUCUUGGGAAACGCUACCCAGCCUACCAGCUGUGCAAGUGACUUGAAGAAAGAAGAGGAGGGGCCUUGGGCGUACGGUGGCCACAGUGAGCCAUUGUACACCUGUCAUCAGAGCACGACACCUGUGACUAGGAGUUACUUCAUUCAUCAAGAGUCUGAUGAAAGAUUUCUCCUAAAAUAGUCAUGUAUAAUUUGAAAAGCUCCAAAAGAUUUACUGAGAU